AUGGAAUCUGUGGAGAAAUUUCUCGACAUCCCUGGGAAUAGAGAGACCUUGCAUGAGUUGUUUCGAGAAGAAUACCCUGCAAGAGGAUACUUAGAUUCUUCUUCUCAAGCUUUUAAUCAAUCUUAUGUAGUUCUAGGACCGGUCAACUCGGAAACUCAUCGUAUCAUUAAAUCUAUGGAACCAAUUGAGAAUGGGAUGGACCUGGAGCCGAUUAUACCAUUGGUUCCAGCUGGUAUCUUAAAAGAAUACCCAAACACUCAUAUUAUUAACCCAAUAGGUCUAGCAGGAGGUCUUGCUUUAUCUUGGGUGGAUGGAAUUUAUUUUGAGAUAAUACAAUGGAAUACUAAUAUGAUAAAUAUACUUGUGCAAACCAAUUCUGAAACUAAAAAAUGGCUUCUUACAUGCUUCUAUGGUAGUCCUUAUCCCACUAAUAGGAAAAUUGCUUGGGAUUUCAUUUCAGACAUUGCAUCCCAAGUAGAAAUGAACUCUAUGCCAUGGGUCUUAUUAGGAGAUCUUAAUAUGAUAUUUAGUCAAGAGGAUAAAUGUGGAGGGCUGCCUUACGAUAAAGCUGACAGCAAGUACUGUCAAAAUAUAUUAAGAGAUGCAGUGGCAGCAGGAUCAGAUCACUGUCCUAUUUCUUUGAAUUUGGAUACCAAAUUCUCUAAAAUUGUUCAUACCUUCAAGUAUUAUGAUACUUGGGAAAAAGAACCAUCAUGUGUGCAGACAAUACAAAAAACUUGGAACCAAUCUGGUAGUGAUUCUCCUUCUGAAUUAUUGAUUCAGAACCUUAAAUCACUUCAAUCUAUGCUAGAUUACUGGAAAAAAAAUAUUUUCGGGUUACCUUCUAAACAUAUAAAGAAGAUUCUAGCCCAAAUUGAUAAUUUAGAAUCCUCUUCCCAUAUUUAUAAAAAGGAGGAGAAAAUUAAAGAGAAAUUAGGUCAACUAGAACAGUUGUAUGCGACACAUGAGGCAAUAGCUAAACAACAAUCUAGAGAUAAUUUAGUUCAAUUAGGAGAGAAAAACACCAAAUUCUUUCAUACUAAAACUUUGAAAAGAAGAAAGUGGAACAACAUAGAAUGCAUUAGAAAGAGUAACAAUAAAAUCACAUUUAAGAGACCUGAAAUCCAUGAUACUUUAACUGAUUACUUUACUAAACUGUUUUCUUCCCCUGAUUCUCUUCCAACCCCUAAUCCUGCUAUCUUUGGUACUAUUGUUCCUUGUAUUUCCCCUCCUGAAAAUGAUCUUCUUAAUUCUGUUCCUACUAGGGAAGAGAUUUGGAAAAUCUCUGAUAACAUUAUCAUUGCACAAGAGAUUAUCCAUUCUUUCAAAAAGAAGAAAGUGAAGCAUGCUGGAAUGGGAAUCAAAAUUGACAUGUCCAAGGCUUUUGACAGAGUUGAUUGGGAUUUUCUCAUCAAAGCUAUGAAAGCCUUUGGUUUUGAUUCUAAAUUCUAUGAUUGCCUUCUUUUUAUCAGAGUUGAUCUGAAAGAAUGUCAUAAUAUACUUAAACUUAUAGAAACUUUCAGUACAACCUCUGGUCAAAUGAUUAACUUUGAAAAAUCUGGAGUUUUCUUUAGUAAGAAAGUUCAACCAAAACAUCAAACAAUGAUAUGUAAAAUACUUAAGAUUAAGAAAAUAGAUCCUAAAGAUACCUACCUAGGUACUCCUCUAUUCAUUAGUAGAGAAAAAAUUCAGCUCUUCGACUCUAUUGUGGAGAAGAUGAAGCAAAAAAUCCAAAGAUGGAUUGGCAAAACUCUGUCUCAAGCAAGUAAAAUGGUCCUAAAUAAAGCUACUCUAGCUAGUGUAGCUAGUUAUCAAAUGAGUUGCUUCAUUUUACCAAAAGAAACUACUAAAAAGAUUGAUGCCCUCUAA